AGCCCCCCAAGCCACCGACUCUCUUCCUCCUUGAAAACCCGAUGAGAUCUUGAUGAAUUUCUCUUCCUUUCUUGUUAAAUCACAAGAUUUGGGGCUUAGAAUCUUCUCCCUCAACCCAGAAAGUCCCGAAUCUGCUCUGCUCUGCUCUUCUCCCUUGUUCGUCGGCUGCUAUGUGGGUGUGAGGUUUUUGGGCUUUUUUGGCCGCGAGUUCCCCUGCGGAAUUUCUUCUUCUCUGCCGCCGGCUUCUCCCCCCUGCUAGGCUCGGUUUUGCUUGCUAAGUUCUGGUUUUGAUGGUUCUGUCACCGUAGCGCUUGGGUUAGCCUUCUGUUCUGUACGAGUGAGGUAAGUAAAUUAUGGUAAGGCCCUUUGAUUUUAAAGCAUGUUUUAAACUGUUUUUGAGAUGGUGGCAAGUUUUAAAUUGAUUUUAUCAGCAUCUGAGUGUGAUUAAACUGAAAUGUAAAUUGUGAUGGUUUUUAUGAGGAUUUCAUUGUUUUACUGGAAUUGAGCAUGAUUGGAAUGAAAAUGAGGAUUUCAUUGUUUUACGGGAAUUGAGCAUGAUUGGAAUGAAAAUGAGAAUUUCAUUACUUUCUGGAGUAGAGCAUGCCUAUUUGGAAUUGACUGAAUUGCUUUGAUGAACUGAGAGUUUUGCAAAUUUUGAGUUUUCUGUUAAAUCCAUACUCACAUGGAUAUUUUCCGUUUAUUUCUGAAAUUUGGGAUUUCGAUUGUGAAUUACGGAUUUUCUGUAAAUUCUGCAUGGUUUUGUUUCGGAUAUAGUCAUGAUUACUGACGCCCGCUAGUGGGAGUUGUAAACGCUAACACAUGUCGAUAUGUAUUUCUGUAGAACCGGUUCACCCUGCCAAUGGGGUUAAACAUUGGUAAUAUUACUGACGCCUGCAAAUAGGAGUUUGUAAACACUGGUACCAUUACUGACGCUUGCCAGUGGGAGUUUGUUAAACACUGGUACCAUUACUGAUGCCUGUCAGUGGGAGUUUGUUAAACACUGGUACUUUUGAAACCUUGCCAAUGGGGUUAAACCUUGGUUAUUACUAACGCCUGUCAGUGGGAGUUUGUUAAACACUGGCCAUGACUUAUAAUGAGACUAUUGAACUAAGUUUUCUUCUGCAUUAACGGUUUGUCAUGAAACACUUUGUUAUUGAAUCGAGCUGGAUUUUGCAUUAACGGUUUUGUCACGAACGUUUUGCUAUUGGACUGAAUCUGAUUUUGUUUUAACGAGUUAUCAUUGAAAGCUUUGUUAUGCUUACAUGGUUUAUCCGGCAUGCUUAAAAGUUUUACCCAAGGGCUAUCCAUAUUUACUUACUGAGUUAUUUCAUAGUUUUCCUUGUCCAUCAUUUCAAGAAGCGAAACUGAGGACGGGAAAACGAGGGUAGUGACGAGUUAGAAGGCUAGCCAUUUUGUAAAGUGAACAUAGACUGUAAAUAUAGAUCAUGAUCUUGU